CGGGGUCUUCAAAUGAGAGCUGCUCGGGUAAGUGAGAUAGGCACAAAGGAUGCACCCCUCGCCUUAGAUCCGAGAGCAAAUAGUUCACGUCGUGGAAGACGGAUAUAUAGGAGUGCGUCGAGAUGGACGGCUUACCUCGGCCUCGCGAUAAUAUCGUCGCGGACGAUCUGGAGGGCCUCGCGGGGAGGGCUUACCUCAGCCUCGUAGAAGAGGAAAUAAAAUCACAUCGUGGGAGACGGAUGGGAGUGCGUCGUGGUGGACGGCUUACCUCGGCCUCCGAUAGAUCUGGAGCUAUCACGCCCUGGCUGGAGCUUGCCGUCGCUCCAGAGCCUUCGUUGCUGGCUGCGCAGAGGCAGGAUGCCGCGCAGCUCUUGGUCGUCGCGUCCGUACGGUCGUCACCGGUGGAUCGUUGCCAGCUACAGCGAGGCUCUCCCGUCGUGCUUCGAAGCCUGCACUGGGUGGUGGCUGGAAGAUCUGUGUGCGGAAUCAAGAUCUGGUCGGCGAUGGGUGGUGGCUCGAAGAUCUUGACCUUCUUAGUGGUGGCAAUGGCCGGCGAACUCAAUCCGGUACCUCCUCAGCAGACCUACGGCGAGGCGCGCCCGUCGAGGCCGGCGGUGAUCUUCCGUGUGCCAAUGAUCUAGUCGGCGAUGGCGGGGAAUCUAAGACCAGCGACCAAUCCCACCACGAAGAUUUGGAAGAACCACUCUUUUGUUUGUUUUUUUUGGAGCACGCUUGAUGUGUUCGA